CUAAUUUAAUCUUUUCAUGCAGCGAGGAAGUCCAUUGUACAGAGAGGAGUGAACACACGGAUGUGAUGCCCCGGUGCGUGUUUAUCCUCUGAGGGCUCCGCAGGCAGAGCAGCAUCAGCAGCAUCAGCAGCAGCUCUGAUGGGGAACAUCCCCACCACGGUGAAGCACUGUCUGAGCUACGAGCAACUCAUCGAGGACUACCCUUGGCUGAGACGCUGGCUGCAGGAAGACAAGAGCCUUACAGAGCAGAAGUAUCCAAAGUUUGUAAAGAUUGUUGAAGUUGGGCCAAGAGAUGGACUUCAAAAUGAAAAGGAAAUUGUUCCAACAAGGGUGAAAAUCGAGCUGAUAGACCUGCUCUCUGCAACAGGCCUUUCUGUGAUCGAGGCCACCAGCUUUGUGUCUUCAAAGUGGGUACCGCAGAUGGCAGACCACACUGAAGUCUUCCGAGGAAUCCAGAGAGCCCCUCACGUUCGGUACCCAGUUUUGACUCCUAACAUGCAAGGUUUCCAAGAUGCUGUUGCGGCUGGUGCUACAGAAAUAGCYGUGUUUGGGUCAGCAUCAGAAACCUUCAGCAGAAGAAAUAUCAACUGCUCCAUUGAUGAAAGCAUGCUGAGGUUUCAGGAAGUCAUCAACGCUGCCAAACAGCGGCAAAUUCCAGUUCGCGGGUAUGUUUCCUGUGCUCUUGGCUGUCCCUAUGAGGGAAGCGUGGAACCUUCAAAAGUUGCCGAGGUGGCAAAGAGGUUGUAUGAAAUGGGCUGUUAUGAGAUUUCCCUGGGGGACACCAUUGGUGUUGGAACUCCUGGAUCCAUGUUUAAGAUGCUGCAGACGGUGAUGAAAGAUGUGCCGGUUAAUGCGUUAGCCGUUCACUGCCAUGACACUUACGGACAAGCGCUGCCCAACAUUCUCACUGCGCUUCAGAUGGGAGUCUCCGUGGUGGAUUCAGCAGUGGCCAGCCUUGGCGGUUGCCCCCACGCUCGGGGUUCAACUGGCAACGUUUCAACAGAGGAUGUUCUUUACAUGCUUCACGGCAUGGACAUUCAAACAGGUGUGGACCUUAAUAAAGUGAUAGAGGCUGGUGACUUCAUCUGCACUGCUUUGGGCAGACAAACAAACUCCAGGGUUGCCCAGGCGAAAGGCAGGAUGCUGUGACAAGUCUAUGCAGGAAAAAAAAGACUGAUAUUUUUUAAAUUGCUCUCAGAUUUUUCCCCCUUUUAAUUUAAUAUUUAAGAUUCUGUAUUAGAAUUAUAAUAUUUCUUGUGUUUGACCCUCAUCAGCAUUCAGAAUUAUUUAGAUCUUCUCGUUUUGUUUAUAUUUGGCAUUUACAACUGAAUUAGAGAUAGAUAAUUAAUUACCCGAUUGGUUUUAACCAACUGAUACUGGCCUUUUAUUUUUUUAAAUGGCAGCUGCCUGUCAAAUAGCAAAUAAAGAUGCAACRACAGCUGCUACAACCAGCUUACUGUAGCCCACACUUUAGGGUCUUUGUGUAGGAAAAAUAAUUGAAUCCUGUAUACAAAAUGUUCUAAGGGUUAAAUGCUCAUUUAAGUUAAGCCUAAUUCACAGAAGUCAGAGCUUUUAUUUGAGACGAAUCUUCAGAUUGAYGACUUGCAGAUGAACUCAAAGUGUGAUUUUUGUCAAGUGCUGCAGUAAAUAUUUCCAUUGUGGGACCUUAUCAGUUUUGAGUGUCGCAUAUUUGCAAUAUAAAGGUCUUUUAUUUAUUUUUUCUAUAUCUUUGCAUAGCUACGUGGCCUUAUGAAAUAUGAAGCAAACAUAUUCUGAGUGCCUCUUUAUGCACUUUAAACCUUAUAAGACAAUAGUGUUCCCACCUGCUCAAUUUUUGUGCAAACAUCAGCUGUAGAAUCGGCAAACUUGCACAGCUCUGUGGAGCUUUUUGCCAAAGAAUAUACAGUAUUGAUUAUUUAAUUGUUUGUUUUUUUCACUUAUCAAUACAUCUCUCUAUUGACCUUGAUUGAAGCUACUUUCAGGAAUGAUUAUACUUGAGGGUUUUUGUCAAAUCAUUUCUAUCUCCACCUCUCACCCUCUGGCUGUUGGAGAYGAGCAUCAGCCCUUUGUGAGCCUGAACAAAAACAAGAGMRUAAAGAAAAGGGAUGAAUUGAUGUUACAUUCUUCUGUCUUAUCUGUAAGACAUGCUGGAAUAACAAAAUAUCAAAAAAGGAAAUCUGUCACUGACUUUUAAUUUGAUUUUAUCUAACAAAUUGUACAGUAUAUGGAUAUGGAAUGAAAGUCAAUAAAAAUCAGGAAAWGAAAGCC